ACAACUGGUGCUGGUGCGACUGACAACUCUCUUUAGCAAGAUUGCCACAGUAAAACAAUAUAGCAAUAAGCCUGCAAAUACCCACAUAUGUGGGGUAGAUACUUCGGUGGUUCAGUUCAAUAAUUAUCGGGGAGAUUAGGUAUAGGUAGUCGUUCUCGUUCAAUUAUUCGGUGAGUUGCAUUCCUCGCAGCAGGAUGAACUUGGAAGCUAUCGUGCCAAAAGUUGUCGCAGUUUUCUUGCUGGUCGCCCUCCAAGUCGACUACAGUAGACAAGCCCUACCGUUGGUCAUCAACACCUGGAACUUUUCCAAUGCUACUUUGAGAGCUCAUCAAUCGCUGACGGUGGGAGAGUUCAGCGCAGUCGAUGCCCUGGUGGAAGGAUGUAGUGUCUGUGAGCGGGAACAGUGCGAUGGGACGGUGGGUUACGGCGGAAGUCCGGAUGAAAACGGUGAGUCAACGCUGGAUGCUUUGAUCAUGGACGGGACGACGAUGAAUGUCGGAGCGGUGGCCGCACUUCGCGAGAUUAAACACGCCAUCGCAGUGGCCAAGCAUGUGCUGGAGAAUACGAAGCAUACCAUGCUGGUCGGGAGUCAGGCAACGGAUUUCGCCGUCAUGAUGGGAUUCCAACGAGAAACGUUGCAAACCGACCAUUCCAGGGAGAUGUGGGAGCAGUGGAAAACCAAUCACUGCCAGCCGAACUUUUGGACGAAUGUGAUCCCUUCUCCUUCGAUGUCUUGUGGACCAUACGAACCGAUCUCCGGAAAUUCUAUCACCGAAAACUACCUACCGGAGGCUGACGAUGCUGCGCAGAAGUUGGAACCCGUCGAACCCGAGUUUGGACGCUACAACCACGACACCAUCGGAAUGAUUGUGAUUGAUGCGAAUGGUCAUGUGGUGGCUGGAACAUCGACCAAUGGGGCGCGAAACAAAAUUCCCGGCCGGGUUGGUGAUUCGCCGAUUGUAGGAUCGGGUGCCUAUGCGGAUUCGACGGUUGGUGCGGCGGCUGCCACUGGAGACGGGGACAUCAUGAUGCGAUUCAUGCCUUCGCUGCUGGCCGUCGAGGGUCUGCGACAGGGCUUGAGCCCAAUGCUGGCAGGUGAGGCAGCUUUGGCGCGUAUAGCCAAGCACUAUCCGGACUUUGUGGGAGGGAUAGUGGUUGCCACCAAGGAUGGAGAGUACGGCGCGGCUUGCCACGGAUUGACGCAGUUUCCGUAUUCGGUGGCGCAAGGCACGGAACCGGAAGCGCAGGUUGUGGUUAAAAUAGUUAAUUGUAGAAAGAAAAGGAAUUGAUGAACAAUAAAUUGUUUUGUAUUCUUGUCUUAUUGUA